CUAUAUACAUAUAUUACUUGGUUCUUAUUUAUUAAUUAUUUAUUGAUUGCGAACUUAAGAGAAAAAACAAAGAAGAAAAAAGUAUAUGGAGAAGAAGUAAAAAUGGUGAUCGAUAAUUAUAAUUAUAAUCAUGAAAAGCUAAAGGCUGAACGAUUUUUUGGAUCUCAGUAUGCUUACAACUUGCGGAAUAAAAGUGAUAAUUUUGGUAUUAAAUUGUUGGAGGAUCGAUAA